AUGGGGCGUCGGCCCGGGAGUUGGGACCCCCCCGCAUGGGGCGGCCCCUGGAAAGGGCUGCUGCUGGCAGCCUCCGUCCUGGGCUCCUGCCUCCAGCCGGCGCUGGCCCAGACCACAGUGACCAUCACCCCGCCGAGCCCCAUGGUGGGAGGGGGCGUCAGCCUGGCCCCACAGCCACCGCCACAGGGCUUGCUGUCCUGCAUGUGGUACCGAUCAGCGACCGCUGAUGAAAACAGCCUGAUCCUCAACUACUACCCAUACACCCCCCCCGUUCAGCAGAACGGCCCGGCCCACACGGGGCGGGAGACAUUGGGGCCGGGCUUCGCCCUGAACAUCGUGGGGUUAACGCUCAAUGACACCGGGAACUACACGGUGAAGAUACAGAGCCGUAAUGCUGCUAACCCUGUCCUCGGCACAGUGGGUCUGCGCGUCUAUGAAAUGCUGCCCAGUCCCACGGUGAUGCCAAACAAAACCCUUGUGCUUGAGAAUGGGACUUUCACCCUCACGUGUAACACUUCCCCCAGUGUUGACAUCGUGCUCUGGCUCCGGGACAGGGUGUCCCCCUCGGACAGUGAGCGGCUGGUUCUAUCCUCUGACAACCGGACGCUCACAGUGAUGAACGUCACCCGGGGCGAUGCCGGCGCCUACCAGUGCGAGGUCAGGAACCCCGUCAGCACCAACCGCAGUGAGCCCAGCACCGUGACGGUGGCCUAUGGGCCGGACUCCACCAGGAUAGAGCCAUCAGAACUCGUCCCCCAGCCCUUGGGGUCCCUUGUGAGCCUGACGUGCGUCUCUGAGUCCGUCCCAGCCCCGCGCUAUCGCUGGGUUCUCAAUAGCACUGAAUUAAAGGAGACCGGGAGCAGCUUGACCCUUAAUCUGACGAGCUUGGAUCAGCAGGGCACGUACAUGUGCCAGGCACAGAACCCCAUCACCAACCUGACCAAGAACAGCACCACCCUGGUAAUCCAGGUGCUGGAAAUCCUGCCCAAGCCCACGGUGACGCCAAACCAAACUCAGGUGCUGGAGAACGGGAACCUCACCCUCACGUGUAACAGCUCCCCCAGCGCUGACACCGUGCUCUGGCUCCGGGACGGGUUGUCCCUCGCGCCCAGUGAGCGGCUGGGGCUGUCCCCUGACAACCGGACCCUCACGGUGCUGAAUGUCACCCGGGGCGACGCCGGCGCCUACCAGUGCGAGGUCAGGAACCCCAUCAGCACCAACCGCAGCGAGCCCAGCACCGUCACGGUGGCCUAUGGGCCGGACUCAGCCAAGAUAGACCAGUCGGGAUCCAUUACCCUCGGGUCCCCUCUGACCCUGACGUGCGUCGCCGACUCCGUCCCAGCCCCGAGCUAUCGCUGGGUUCUCAACGGCACCGACACUAAAGAGACCGGGAGCAGCUUGACCUUUAACUCCAUUACACAGGAUCACCAGGGCACGUACGAGUGCCGGGCUCACAAUCCCAUCACCAACCUCACUGCCUCAGCAUCUGUGGAUGUGCGGUUAAAGCCAACUUCACCCCCAGGCCUGCCACCCGGAGCCAUCGCCGGGAUCGUCAUCGGGUCGCUGGCCGGGGCGGCGCUGCUCGGUGGCCUGCUCUACUUCCUGCUCCGCAAAACUGGAGGGGGGCCCAAGCAGCGCCCGCCCAUCGAAGGCCAGGCCGCGCCCGCCCACAACCAGGGCGUCGGUGACAACAAACCUACCUUGGGUGACGAAAACAUUCAGUAUUCUACACUCGCUUUCACCGCAGGAGACCAGAAGCCGCCGCCCGGGCCCAAGCCCCCCCCGGAGAGUGGCACCGUCUACUCAGAAAUCAGAAAGAAAUGA